CGACACGGUCCACUCAAUUACUGUGGUGACCUUCAGAUGGGCGCGGUUGUUCUUAUCGUGCAAUCUCCACCAGUUGGCAAUACAGCACAAUUAAAAUGCGUGUCCAAAGCGACCUGUCACCGCGGCUGUGGGGUGACAUCUAUGACUCUUCGCCAAGGGAGCCUGGUAGACGCACCUAACUGUAGUUAUUCUUUCAGCUCUGCCUUCAAAAUUCGCCGAAUAAUUAUACCAACAACUCCGGCCGGAGGAGUUUUUCUCCCUUUCCUUUUUCUUUUCUUUUUGCAGCACAGCUCCAAUCCCACACGUUCUUAGAUGGAAGGAUGCUGACUACUGCUAAAACCACAAUUGACAGGAGAUCAAGCUAAGACAUCUGACAGCCACUGAAUUAUCACUCCUCUCUACACAUCACAUCUGACCGUUAGUUGACCCUUUCAUCAACGCCCAACACUUGUGAAGAAGCUCCCUUGUUGACACACCUCAUCAGCCAGGCAGAAGUGGCAGCAAUCGAAGACAAAAUAACUGAAUGAGUGCUAACCAUUGCCUGGAGCUGCUCAAACAAAAGUAGCAACAUGCUGGCACAGUUCCCAAAUGCACCAUUGCCCCAUUCAAAGCUGCAUUUAAUUUAGAAAAUUCUCAGCAAUAUUGUCAUUUCUGUGACGAAGCAUCAGCUGUAAAGACAAAAAAAAAGUUCCACAGACACCAUACAGAACUAGAUCAGAGAUGCUUUGGCCCGCAUUGUUCACUCUGCAAGCUGUGUGCACCAGUGUGGCACAUGCCAUGCAACAUUACCCGGCAGCCUGGGGACACUAUGAUGUGUGCAAGUCCCAGAUCUAUACAGAGGAGGGCCUGACGUGGGACUACAUGGCCUGUCAGCCAGAAGCCACCGACAUGACAAAGUACCUGCGAGUGGCCCUCGACCCCCCAAAUAUCACGUGUGGAGAUCCGCCAGAAACAUACUGCGCUUUGGAGAAUCCUUAUAUGUGCAACAAUGAAUGUGAUGCUACCACAGAGGAGCUGGCUCAUCCUCCAGAGUUGAUGUUUGACUUUGAGGGUCGCAAUCCCACAACAUUUUGGCAGUCCACUUCAUGGAAGAAAUACCCAAAGCCCCUCCAGGUUAACAUCACGCUGUCGUGGAACAACAAACGUUUUGAGAUAAAGGACCGCUUUGCCCUCUUUGCCGGGCCUCGGCUACACAACAUGGCCUCACUUUACGGCCAACUGGAUACCACCAAGAACCUAAGGGACUUCUUCACCAUCACUGAUCUGAGGAUUAAGCUGCUGAAGCCAGCCACUGGAGCCACCAUGGUGGAUGAGAAUAACCUGUCCAGAUACUUCUACGCCAUCUCUGACAUCAAGGUGCAGGGCAGGUGCAAGUGUAACCUGCAUGCCAACAGCUGUGUGUUUGACAAGGGGAAGCUGGGCUGUGAGUGUGAACACAACACCACAGGGCCAGACUGCAGCCGCUGUAAGAGGCACUACCACGGAAGAGCCUGGAGUGUGGGCUCCUACCUCCCUAUACCCAAAGGAACGGCAAAUAUAUGUAUUCCCAGUAAUCAUGGACCAGUGCAUCGAGCAAAUGCUUCAUCUCUUGGUGUUGCAAAUCGUAACCAAGCUCGGGUGUGUGACAACGCGAUGCUGCGCUGUCAGAACGGUGGCACUUGCCACCACCAUCAGCGGUGCCAUUGUUCCCCUGGCUUCACCGGUGUCCUGUGUGAGAGAGCUCGCUGCCAGGGCGCUGAGGAGUGUGAUGACCACUUGUCUGGACGGGCCUCCUUCCAUCAUCCCCCCAUCAGCCAGCUCGCUUUUACCCUUGUAGUACUCCUGCUAUUGAUAGUUUCCCUUUGCUGAGAGACCUGAACAGCCUCCCAUCCUCAAACAAAACCCUAAGUACACAUGUGUUGAGACUGAACUCUCAACCUUAAGCAAAUCAAGGACAAAGGCUGUGACAAUGUGCUCAGCAUACAAUAUAAGCAACUAUUUUGUAUAUCCAAGGUGACAGUGGUGAGUGACAGUGUUGCAACAGGUUGUGCACUGAUCAUAUACUGAAUGCUAGAUGGAUUUGUGAAAGGCUUGGACUACUGUCUUAUAAUGUCACAGAGGAAGCGGUUGGAGCCCUCGCUUUGUGAUUAUGUCAUUGGCUGACACUUCAUUAAAGGCAGACUGGAGACUCAGAUAGAGCUACCCACACUGAGAGACUGUACUGUACUGUACAAAACUAGACACAUGAUUUCUAAGUAUCAUCUGAAGUUAUUAAAAAAAUGAUUAUGUGGACGGGGACAUCUUAAAACAUCUUGCCUCACUGCCUCUUUCCUUACUUGCUAUCCUCUUCAUCUCCUUUCCUAACUCUUCCCUUUUUCCUUCACCUUCUCCUCCCUGCGCUUUGUUGACUCUGGUGAUUUUAAUUUGCUGAAGGGUGUCUGUUGUUUUGCCAAAUGCUGCACAUGUAUUAUUAUCAUCAAGGCCCUUGACAAGUACCAAUGUAGUACUUCUAGUAAUCCUUUGGCCUACUUUUUCAGAGGCUUUGUAGUCAUGCUUGAGCUCACCUGUUCGUGGGGGGGAAAGUUGUAACAUACUGUAACUGUAUUUAAUUUUUGUAUAAAACAGAUAUUUUCAUGACUACGCAAAACAAAAAGAUGUAUUACUUGUUUUCUAUUGCUGCCAACCUGUCCUAGAUGUGGACUAUGAGUGUGCAGAGUUUGGCUGUAUUAUUUCUUUGCUUGUGUGGCACAUGGUUCUCUUUAUUUGAGAGCUGCUGUCAAAACUAUGUUUACAUACACACUUACACAAUACACUUCCACCAAAGGGAAAAAGAAAAAAAACAUGUCUUUGUCUUGUUGUUGAACAGUAGUAAUCUUAUUAAGUAGUAACAUGACAUUUGAGACAAGAUGUGUAGAAUAAAACAGUGUAUUGAUUGUAGAUAGGUACAAGCCAAUGACAAUAGCGGAAUGUCAUUUUAAAGGAUUUUUUUAAGCUAUCAAUGCCAAUCGUUGACCUAUUCACUGAAGCAACAGUUGCUGGUAGCAAUAUAUCAACAAUCAACAACAAAUUAAUUCCUAGUUCUAUAACUACAGUUGCUUUUUUAUGUGUUGUAACCAUCCUUGUUGUGCUCAUGAAACAUAAAAAAUCUCAAGCCAAAAUCCCAUCUGCUAUAUGUAAAUUUAACGAAAAGACUUUGACAAAAAGGAGAUUGCAUGGCUGUCGCAGAGGUUGUCCAUCUCAAAUCUGUAAUCAAAUCUAAUCCUUGAAUCAAAUGGAAGAAGGGGAAGGUUUUCUGAGCUGGUACGGUUAAAAGCCUGCAUCCUGCUGCGGGAGCCUCAGAGAAGCGAAGCGCUAAGGUAAUGAGCUUUAAUUCAUGGAGGGUCAAUGAAUAGAAAUGAAGUUGCAUCCCACUGGGUGACAUACUGAGCACUGAGACCAAUUUCAUUUGAGAGAUUAAUUUCUUU